ACCCCGCCUUGUCGACCUCGCUUAUUGUUUUCUACUUCCUUUUAUUAUAGCUCGCUUUAGACAACAGAGAGGAGCAACAGCCCGAGACAGACACAAAACAAAAUGGCCAACCAGCCCGACUUUGGUCGAUUCGACGUUCUUCUGCUCGACAUUGAGGGCACCGUCUGUCCCAUCUCCUUUGUCAAGGAUGUCUUGUUCCCCUACGCACUCAAUGUCCUGCCCGACUUCUUAGCGGAGCAGUGGGACGAGCCGAGCUUUGCUGGCUACCGCAAUGCGUUCCCCGACGACUGUCGCAAUGACCGCAGCGCCUUCGAGGCUCACGUCCGGGACCUGGUCGCCCGAGAUGUCAAGGCGCCGUACCUAAAGGCCCUCCAGGGCCAUCUCUGGACAAAGGGCUAUGAAUCGGGGGUCCUCAAGGCUCCACUCUUCCCUGACGUGCCACCCUUCAUCACCAACGCCCAUGCGGCCGGCAAGAAAAUCAUGAUAUACUCGUCCGGAUCGGUGCCGGCCCAGAAGCUGCUCUUCGCUCACACGACCGCCCAGCCCCCCGACAUGAGCGUCGUGAUUUGUGACUGGUUCGACACCGUCAAUGCGGGGCCCAAGACCGACGUGGCUAGCUACACCACUAUCCUGUCUCAUCAUCCAGACAUCAGCCCCGCACGUUGGAUCUUCCUGAGCGACAACCUCAGCGAGGUCGACGCCGCUCGCCAGUCAGGCAUGCAUAGCAUCCCAGCCGUCAGACCGGGCAACGCACCUCUGCCUUCCCAUCACCCGCUGUCCGAGUUUGCAGUCUCCGAGUUCACUCCGGCCUCCAUUGCACAGGCUGCAGCCGCCAUUGCUGCAAAGACCUCGGCUUGAAGAUUGGUUGCUCAAGUCUUUGAUUAGGGGGUGCCCGUCUAGAAACCCCCCCACGAAUCAGUCAAUGGCGGGGAGAGCCCGGUAGUCAGCUGUUCAACAUGACAUAUUUUAGAAUGACAGCAGCCUUUCAGCUGUGUUGAUGUGUCGAUAAUUUCCGUUCCCGAGCAACUAAAAACAAGAGCUAUUCGGCUGGUUCGCUGUGAAAUCGACCAUGCGUUUGCGUGCGGGGAGACUAGUUGACCGCCAUCUCGACGCGAGGUG